CACUUUCAAGUUUCAAGUUUAUCAUUUGCUUUACUUAAUUUAUUUGUUAUUUUCAAGCUGCAGAAACGAACUGUUUACGUUUAUAUAUUCUAAAAAUCUAUAGCGUCAUUGUGAUUUCUUCGGCAAUUUGUAUUUAUCUGAUAAUUUUAGAAUUGCUUGAGUGUAUAUUUUUUAUAAGUACUGUAUAGUUUACUUUUUCAAUCCUUUGUUUAUUCUCGCACAAUGAAACCGAACGUUGGUGUUUUUAUAUUCUUCUCUAUUAUAUGUUUAAGUUUAGCUUAUAAGCCUGUUGUCUUAAUUCACGGCAUAAUGACGGGAAGCGGAAGUAUGGAAAUGAUCAGUCGCAGAAUACAAGAGAAACAUCCAGGAACAAAAGUAUAUAAUGUGAAUAGAUUUGAAAGUUGGUCAAGCUUAGAAACAAUGUGGCAUCAAGUUUUGGAGAUUGGGUUGGAUGUAGCAAAUAUAUCUAGCCAACACCCUGAAGGAAUAAAUUUAAUUGGAUAUUCCCAAGGUGGUCUGAUAGCGAGGGGGAUUGUGCAGACGUUUUCAAAUGUAUCAGUCAGUACAUUUAUAUCCUUGAGCUCACCCCAGGCCGGUCAAUAUGGAGCUGGAUUUCUCCACAUAAUAUUUCCUGGAUUAGUCAAAGAAACCGCCUAUGAGCUGUUUUAUUCCCGUGUGGGUCAGCAUACUUCUGUCGGCAACUACUGGAAGGAUCCGUACCAUCAAUCAUUAUAUGAGUCUUAUAGUGUAUACCUGCCCUAUAUUAAUAAUCAUAUCCAAUCAGCAAAGUCGGAUGAUUUUAAAAACAACAUGCUCCGUUUGAAGCGCCUCGUCCUGAUUGGUGGACCCGAUGAUCAGGUCAUCACGCCUUGGCAGAGCAGCCAAUUCGGUUACUACGACGCCAACGAAACUAUAAUUGAAAUGUACGAACAGGAUAUAUAUCUGUCAGAUAAAAUAGGUUUAAAGACGUUAGACAGAACGAAAAGACUGCAUCUGGUGACUGUGCCAGGAGUCAAUCAUUUCAACUGGCAUAUGAAUGUGUCUAUAGUAGAUGACUGUUUGUUACCUUAUCUCGAUUAAUGUUCAAUUUGAAAUAAUUUUCAAAUACUCUAUGAACAAAAUUUUUUGAUACCGCUUCAAAACCAUUUUAACUCUUAUAUAACUGAUUGUAUGAUCAUGAAUAAUAUAAAUUAUGAUAAUUAGUAAUAAAAUUAAGUGAUCUGAAGUCAGUUCAUUUAGAUUUACAAUGUUAUUUAUCUAAAUCGGUGCCAAGGAGGUUAUAAUAGUCAAGUAGUAUUAAGUAUAACUAGUUUUACCAUGUAUUGUGAUUGUUAAAUAAUUCACCAGCAGCUCAUAAAAAUAUAUUCUUAAUGAAUAUGGCAUUUAUAGAGAAUAAGUCAUCCCUGAAUAACAAGUCUGCUUAUAACUCUACUACUUAUAUUAAAAUACUUAUUAUUGCAAUAAAUUAAUCCAUAUCAAUACUUAGUGGGAACUAUCAAUAUAAAAAAUGUGAAAAUUAUAAUGUAUGGUAAUUGUAUAUUUUAAACGGAAUGAUAUAAAAUUCAAAUGCUGUGACGUAGAUAGUACAAAGUACAGCUCUGUUUUUGUAAUAAAUCGUCGCUGACGUUUGAAUUACUGAUAGUGAUGACGAUAUUUUUUAUCUUACUGUGGCUGAAUGAUAAGGAUCAACGUCGAGGGCGCCUUUUAAAUAAUAACUUGACUUUUGCUCAUAAAACAUUAAAAAAAAAGAUUUAUCUACACCUUACAUUCAUAAUAAUUAGUAUAAAUUAACUAAUUGCACAGUAAUAAGGUAUAAAUUAAUGUCUGUGAUGUAAUACAUGUAUUUAGUAUUUAACCAUCAUAUUUGUAGUACAUUUGGGUUGUUUUAAUACUAAAUAGGAAAUAAUAUUUGGCUUAGAUUUUAGUUAAGACAUUACCGAAGUUAUUAUGUUGAACAAACAAACAUCAACCAUUACUAGAAAAUUAUCCUUACAGGAUUACUAGAAAAUAGAAAAAAUAUAUACAUAUAUAUAUUUUAUUUUUUUAAUUAUUAAUACAAUUGAAUCUCGUUUGUAAUCUUUUUUUUUAUAUUAUUUAAUUGAAGCCAAAGUUUUAAUGUAUGAAAUAUAAUUUUUAAACGUUUAAUGUGAUCAUGAAUUUAUAUCAAUAAGUAGACAAUUUUACAUUUUUAUUUUUAAGGUCAUGUCAUAUUUAGCUACUAUAUAUUUAUGAACAGUGUUAUACUGAAUUUCCUUCUUUAAAAAUUAUAUACUGUAUUUUCUCUUUAAUUUUUGUAAUACUCUAAGCUUACUUUAUCUCAAACACGAAUGUCUCUGUUUUAUAGUCUUAUGUUCUUGGAGUGUAAUUUAUCAAUAAAAAUUUUACACUUUUGCAA